AUGUCAGGGCGACGUUUUGAACAGCUUAUCGCGUACUUCAGCGUUGAAUAUUCAGGUCUAUCCACAGAUACUGGCCCAAUGAGCAAAUUAAAUCCAUUGUUGAAAAUACUAAUUGCAAAUUUCCAAAAAGCAUUUUACCCGGGAGAAGAUUUAUCUUUAGAUGAGUCACUACUGUUACAUCGYGGAAGAUUAAGCUUAAGGCAGUAUAUAAAGGACAAGAAGACAAAAUAUGGGAUAAAGUUUUUUGAACUAUGUGAUCCUGACGGAUACGUGUUAAAUAUUGAAGUUUAUAAGGGUAAAAAUAAUUAUUUAUUGCCGUCAACAAAUUUUAAAACAGAUAGCCUAGUCCUUAGGCUUAUGGAUCCAUAUUUAUGCAAAGGCCACAGUUUAUUCAUGGACAAUUAUUAUAACAGCGCUACUCUUUCCGAAUUAUUAUUUAAAAAAAACACACAUAGUACGGGAACUCUGAGAAGCAAUAGGAAAGGAAAUCCUGAAGAGGUAACUAAAAAGAAAUUGCAAAAGGGUGAUCACGUAUAG